GGAGCUUUGUUCUCGCAAGCUUUCAGGAAAUCUAGAAAUCAAUCUCUGUGGGUUAAACUAGGACUACGAGUCGAUCGAAAUUCAAAGCUAAUCGGAGAUGGCUUCCUUGAAUGGCUUCGCAGAGAUCGUGGUUGUGCGCCACGGCGAGACUAGUUGGAACGCUAGCAAGAUUAUCCAGGGACACUUGAAUUCUGAGCUAAAUGAGAUCGGGAGACAACAAGCAACUGCGGUUGCUGUUCGAUUAUCCAAGGAGCCACAAUUUGCUGUCAUUUACUCUUCUGAUUUGAAGCGAGCUGCUGAGACUGCUGAGGAAAUAGCAAACAGCUGUGGCUUGCGUGAGGUAAAUUUUGAUCCAGCAUUGAGAGAAAGACACCUAGGUGAACUCCAAGGUCUGGCGUUACGUGAUGCGGCAAAGCUCAAAGCUGAGGCUUACCAGUGUUUCCUGUCUAAAAGUAGUGAUCAGAACAUCCCUGGUGGUGGAGAAAGUCUUAACCAGUUAUAUGACCGUUGUAUUUCUUGUGUGGAAAGAAUAGCUAAGAAGCACAAAGGUGAGAGGGUUAUUGUUGUCACUCACGGUGGAGUCUUGAGAGAACUCUACAAACGUGCUGCGCCAAACAGCAAAUUCCCAAAUGGUACUAUCUUGAACACAUCCGUCAACGUGAUACAAAUCUCAGAAAAUGGUAAAUGGAGCAUCAAAAUGUGGGGAGAUAUAAGCCAUCUUCAAGACAUAAGUGUUAUCAAGAGUACCAUAGCUGAGGAUAAGAACUUCUAUGCAGUUUAGCCUUACCACUUGUAUUAUUAUUUACCAAAAAACUUUUAUUAAGAAUGUUUCACUUCAUGACUUGUAUCCGUCUCAAAUUUAGAGUGAAAGAUAACAUAAAUUGAAAACACUGCAAUGUAUUUGCUUUCACAAUUCAUAUUAAAUCUUGUUAAAUUGCUGUUUCAGUUGAUUUGGUCAA